UUCACAUUUUCCGUUGCAUUGCUUCAGUCCAUCUCUCUCCCUCUUUGUCCUCUUUCUUUCUUUCUCGCCUCUAGGAAGGGCUGGAGCGGGCGGGCGGCGGCGGCGAUGGGCAAUUGCUGCUCCGACGUCGCCGGCGGACGGGCGGCCGUUGGCGGUGCCGCCGCUGGUAAUACAGGCGACGGCCACAACGAUGCCGUCAAUCACUUCCUUACUCUUCGCGGCUACCGCGGCCUCUUUUCUCAGAUCGAGUUAUCAUUGGCUGCUUCAAACUUGCGUGACAGGGAUGUGCUUUCAAGGAGUGAUCCUAUGGUAGUUGCUUACACAAAAGGAAAAGAUGGUUCACUUCAAGAGCUUGGCCGCACCGAAGUUGUGUUAAAUUCGUUGAAUCCCAAGUGGAUCAGAAAAUAUACUGUUACCUAUCAUUUUGAGGUCGUGCAGUAUUUGUUGUUUCGUGUGUAUGACGUUGACAGUCACUUUCACAACAUAGAUGUCCAGAUGCUCAAGCUGGAUGAGCAGCAAUUUCUUGGUGAAGCUACUUGUACAUUGUCUGAGAUAGUUACCAAAUCAAACAGGUCAUUGACCUUAGAUCUUGUACAAAAAGAUGAACUUAUUCGACUAAAUCGUACCAGAAAUUUUGGAACACUCACCAUUUAUGCUGAGGAGUCUGUGAGCUCCAAGACCACAGCAGAGUUGAUUUUGAGGUGUUCAGAUUUGGAAUUGAGGGAUCUGUUCUCAAGAAGUGACCCUUUUCUAGUAAUAUCAAAAACUGGGGAGAAUGGGGUCUCUAUUCCAAUUAGCAAAACAGAGGUUCUGAAAAAUGACCUCAAUCCAGUGUGGAAACCGUUGUUUCUGAAUAUUCAACAGGCUGGAAGCAAGGACAGUCCGUUAACUAUAGAGUGUUUUAACUUCAACAGCAACGGGAAACACGACUUAAUUGGGAAAGUCCAGAAAUCACUAGCAGAUCUGGAAAAGCUCCAUUCCGUUGGGCAGGGGGAGCACUUAUUCUUAUCAACUUUUGUUGGACAUAAUCAUGAAGACAAGGUAUUAAAGAGUCGGAUAUUUGUGGACCAGUUUCGUGAAAGUGUGCAACACACGUUCCUGGAUUACUUGUCUGGUGGAUGCCAAUUGAAUUUCAUGGUUGCAAUUGAUUUUACAGCUUCAAAUGGGAAUCCCCGCCUGCCUGAUUCCCUGCAUUACAAUGACCCUUCUGGACGGCCAAAUGCAUAUCAGAGAGCAAUCUUAGAGGUUGGAGAGGUGUUGCAGUUCUAUGAUUCAGACAAACGCUUUCCUGCUUGGGGUUUUGGAGCCCGGCCAAUUGAUGGUCCAGUCUCUCACUGUUUUAACUUAAAUGGAAGCAGCAAUUACUGUGAGGUCGAAGGAAUUCAAGGAAUUAUGAUGGCAUAUACAAGUGCUCUUUAUAAUGUUUCACUUGCUGGGCCAACUCUUUUUGGUCCUGUGAUUAGCACUGCUGCACAGAUAGCUGGCCAGUCUCUUGCAGACAAUCAACAAAAGUACUUUGUUUUAUUGAUAAUCACGGAUGGAGUUAUAACUGAUCUUCAAGAAACAAAAGAUGCACUUGUGAAGGCGUCAGAUCUACCAUUAUCUAUCCUUAUUGUUGGGGUUGGGGGCGCAGACUUCAAAGAGAUGGAGAUUCUAGAUGCAGAUAAAGGUGAAAGACUUGAAAGUUCAACUGGACGGGUUGCAUCACGCGAUAUUGUCCAGUUCGUUCCAUUGCGAGAUGUGAUGACAGGUGGAGAGAUCUCUGUUGUUCAAUCACUUCUAGCAGAAUUGCCUUCCCAAUUUCUAACCUACAUGCGAAGCAGAGGUAUUCGGCCGAAUAUCUGAUUAUAAGGACAACUGUAUAUAUUACGAUUUAGUUACCUUCAUUGGUUCUUAAUACCAGAUACUUUCAUCGUUUUUAGAGUCUGCCAGUGCAAUGGCACCAGAAGUUUCUUGGUUUUUUCGGGGGGGUCCUUUUUCAUCUUAGAAGAAAAGGGUAGUUUCUUGUAUGGGCUAUACGACUAUAUAUUAUUUUGCAGCAAAAGUUUGUUAUCAGCCUCGUA